AUGACGGAUGGCUACUGGAACCGGCAGCAGGCGCUUCUCCCUCACUCCGGCAUGCUCAAACGGCCGCGUCCCGACUACGAUAUGCCGGCUUCUGGUCUGUCUUCAGGUAAUGAGAUGCAUAAUUAUAUUGUUCGUGAUGAUGACCGUACUGGUCACCGAAUGCUAAAGGACACAAAAACAAUUGGAUCUGCUUAUGAUCGCUACCUUCAGAGUGGGCAACUUUCUUCAUUUGCUUCUGGGGAAGCCAGUACAGUUGGUGGUCUUGGGUUGGCUAGGGGUGGUGGUGGUGGUGGAUUAUCAAGCCAUUCACUAGCUGAUCCUGCUGUCAUGGGACGUCAUGGGGGCGGUGGUCCAGAUCUAGUACCAAAUGGACGGGGUGUUAAUUAUGGUGGUCAGCUGCCAGUGGAUGCAGUUUCCAGGCCUGGACCUGAGACUGUACCUCUACCUCCAGAUGCUUCAAGCACUUUAUAUGUUGAAGGUCUCCCUUCUGAUAGCACAAGAAGGGAAGUAGCUCAUAUUUUCCGUCCUUUUGUUGGGUAUAGAGAAGUUAGACUUGUGAGCAAAGAAUCCAAACAUCGUGGUGGAGACCCUCUAAUCCUUUGUUUCGUGGACUUUGCAAAUCCAGCUUGUGCAGCAACUGCUAUGAGUGCCUUGCAAGGUAUCAUUUGUAGUUACCUGUUGUGGUUGCUAUUGGGUCUUUGCUUGGGGAACAUCAAUGGGCACCACAAGAUCAUCUUGAGAAAUGGUUGGAAGUGGAACAAACAUAAGGUUACCUGUGGACUCAAUAAAGGAGGCCGAAUGAAGGUGGGUAGGGUUGGGUUUUGCUUGUCGGAGGAGGGCAAUGUUGGCUCUGGAGAAAAUUGGCACAUGGGAGCUACGGUGGAGAUGUGGGGCCAAGAUCUGUGUAGAUUGGCCCUUUGUACACUGGAAGAUAGUGAUUUUGGCCGUAAAGGUUGUUGGAGCAGUGGUGAUGGCUUGAAAAGUUGUCGGAAAAAGGAACAAAGGACCAUUGGUCCAGUGGGUAGACAAAGUUCUCAGGAUGCAUGUUAUAAAGUUGAUGAACUCAAUCCUGAAUCUAGUCACUUGCGGCUUCAGUUUUCUCGGUAUCCUGGUCCACGAAGUGGGCCUGCAUCUCGCGGUAAAAGAUGA